AUGCUCACAGAGAGCUUCAUUGCCGCGACGCUUGCUGCAAACAAAGCUCCGGCUCAUGCUACCGCUGCGUUGAAGGACGUAGGCCUAUUUCUGCACGAGUUCCAACCACAGAGCACGCUCCGUCAUGGGUUCAAGAAGUGUUCGAGUCAACCGGAUUGCGUUGCCAUCAGUGACUCGCACGUCUUCGCGGCUCAAGCAGACAAGGCGGUAGUGAAUGUCUACAACAGAGAAAGAGGCAACCAGGAGGCAACAGUGCCAUUCCCUGAACGAAUACACAGCGUCGCAUAUGCCAAGUUGGCCGACAUCCUCGUUCUAGGCACGGAGGGCGGGAAACUGAUACUAUGGGAGUUGGCCACAGGCAGAGUAACGAAUUCUUCUGCGUCUCAUUUGCAAGCCGUCUCACGUCUCUGCAUCACCCCUAAGAAUGAAUACAUCCUUUCUGGCUCUGCUGACUCGAGUAUCCACCUAUGGUCGCUAGCAAGACUCGUUUCCUUUGAGCAGCCGUCAGAUAGCUAUGGCUCCGAGGAACCCUCGAACGCACCCGCUCAGACUUUCUCUGGACAUCGAACCGCCAUCACUGCCCUUGCUUGUGGACAUUCGCUCAUCUCCACCAACUUUGCAGUAUCAGCGUCCGAUGACGGCACUUGCUAUGUCUGGCAUAUCUCAACUUGCCAAGUUCUGCGGACGCUGUUGUUGCCCUCUCUCCCGGUUUCCAUCACUCUUGACCCUGCAGAUCGAGCAAUUUACUUCGGAUGCAACGAUGGGCGAAUCCAAGCGUGGGAUAUCUUCAUGCAUGUAUCAAAAUUGAACGUGCCUUUGUCCAGCUCUUCACAGCUCCCACCCAUCCAGCUGCUAGAUAAGGACAGCUGGUCGGCACCAUCCUCAGACCUCGGAUCAGCAAAUUGCCUGACUAUAUCAUACGAUGGAACAGCUCUGCUGUCCGGACAUGCCAACGGGGCCAUCAUUCGCUGGGACGUGGCCAAGCAUCGAAUCCUCAACGAAAUAACAAACCUGGGGCAACCUGUCACGAACAUCUCAAUGCUGAGUCCCGAAGGAUUUCCAAACGAGAAGAAAGCCAAAUAUGUCAUCCCACAAGUCAUCAAGCCGAAUCUCGAAUUCUCGUCGAUGAGGAACAAUGGUACGUGUGGCAUCCCCGCCAAUUACAGCCUCCACGUCAUGAUCACAAACUCGACAACUGGCCCAGAGCACGAUGACUUUGAGCACGCUCUCACUGGUCCUGGGAUCUCGCAGGCCAUGCUCGAUGCAGCAGUCCAUUCUCUCGCUCUAGGCAGUGCUCCACAAGGACUACCCUCCACAGACACCACCGCUCUCGCAAAAACGGAAAGGCUAGAGGAGGAGGUCACAAAGCUCAAGCAGCAGCUCGCUACAAUACGCAAUGUCGAAGAGAAACGCAAAGCCAGGAAGUUAGCAAGGAUCGCCAAGCGUGACGAGCUGGGCAUGAAGAAGAGGGAAGCAUACUUCGAAGCCAAGAAGCUAGGAAAGGACGGAGAUGCCGCGAUGAAGAGUUGGGAGCGUAAGGAGGCCGAGGUGGAUCAAGAAAGUGAUGAAGAAGCGCUAGAGGAUAGAGAUCAGAUGGAUAUCAGCUGA